AUGCAUUCUGCAGCCCUAGUCACGCUACAGCUGUUUCUGCUGCUGCUCUCCUUGGCCUCUCCUGCCCGCUCAUGCACCGAGCAAGAGGAGCACUCCCUCCUCCAAUUCCUCACCGGGUUAUCCCAAGAUGGCGGCCUCACCGUGUCGUGGAGAAACGGCACGGACUGCUGCGAAUGGGAAGGCAUAACCUGCGACAGGGAGGGGGGCGUCACCGCAGUCUCCCUGGCAUCUAGAGGGAUUGAAGGUCGCAUCUCGCCGCACCUUGCCGGUCUCACCGGCCUGCUGCGUGUCAACCUUUCACACAACUCGUUCUCCGGUGGCCUUCCACCGGAGCUCAUGUAUUCCAGAAGCAUCAUCGUCCUCGACGUCAGCUUCAGCAGGCUUAGUGGGGUGUUGCACGAGCCGCCAUCUUCGGUUACCUACGCCCGGCCUCUGCAGGUACUGAACAUCUCGAGCAACCAAUUCGGUGCAGAAUUUCCAUCACACACAUGGAAGGUCAUGCAGAAUUUGGUCGUGCUUAACGUCAGCAACAACAGCUUCACCGGGCACAUACCACUUUCUCUUUGCCUCUCGCCAUCAUUGGCCAUGCUUGAUCUUUGUUACAACCAAUUGAGCGGCAGUAUUCCUGCUGCACUUGGCGCUUGCUCCAAGCUCAAAGUGUUCAAGGUUGGGCACAACAACCUAAGUGGGACUCUCCCUGCUGAGCUCUUCCAUGCCACUUCCCUGGAGCAUCUCUCCUUCCCCAACAAUGGAUUACAAGGAGAACUUGAUGGAGCAAGCAUAGUAAAACUCAGUAAUCUGGUUACUCUCGACCUCAGGGAGAACAAAUUCAGUGGGAAGAUCCCACGCUCCAUAGGUCAGUUGAAGAGGCUACAGGAGCUCUAUUUGGGUAACAAUAACAUGUCUGGGGAGGUGCCAUCAACUCUGAGUAACUGCACACGUCUCAUGAUCAUCGAUCUGAAGAUCAACAACUUCAGUGGAGAACUAGGCAGGGUCAACUUCUCCACUCUACAGAACCUGACACAUUUAGAUGUUUUGAGAAAUAACUUCAGCGGCAUAGUGCCAGAAAGCAUAUACUCAUGCAGAAAUUUGAUUGCACUGCGGGUGUCGUUGAACCAUUUCCAUGGUGAGAUCUCACCAAGAAUAGGGAAUCUGCACCUAUCCUUCCUAUCACUUGCUAGAAACCCUUUUACAAAUAUCACAAAAGCUUUUCAUGUCUUCAAUGGCUUCAGGAACAUCACCACUCUGAUUAUUGCCGAGAACUUUGUGAAUGAGAUGAUGCCACAAGAUGAGACCCUGGAUGGUUUUCGAAAUCUUCAAUACAUCCACAUGGCCGACAGCGCGUUAACCGGACACUUGCCAGUUUGGUUAUCAAAGCUUAGAAACUUGAAGGUACUAAAGUUAUCCAACAAUCGACUCACCGGACCAAUGCCAGGCUGGAUCAACUCCUUAAAUAGCCUCUUCUAUCUAGAUGUAUCAAACAACAGUUUUACUGGGCAAAUCCCAAUCGCCUUGAUGGAGAUCCCAAUGCUUAAAGAUAAUACAGCAGCUUAUUUGGAUCCUGGCCACGUUGAGCUGCCUCUUUUUUGGAGGAAUAUAUCACGCCAAUACCAUUUUCUUACAGCUUUCCCUACACUCUUGAAUCUGAGCAUCAACAAUUUCACAGGCGUGAUUCCAUCGGAGAUUGGCCAACUGAAAGUGCUUUCUGAACUCGACUUCAGCUCAAACAAAUUAUAUGGACUGGUUCCGCUGUCGAUCUGCAAUCUCACGAAGCUGGAGGUGCUAGACUUGUCUAAUAACCAUCUGACGGGUGUAAUCCCUGCAGCACUGGAGAGACUUCACUUCCUUUCUGCAUUCAACAUUUCGAACAAUGAUUUAGAAGGGUCUGUACCAGCAGGAGGCCAGUUGAGCACUUUUCCAGAUUCCAGUUUUGAUGGGAACCCAAAGCUGUGUGGCACUACGCUUAUUCAUCAGUGUAGUUCAGUCAGAGCAGAUCCUAUCUACAUUAUCUCUGCAAAACAGCCCAGCGUCAAGUUGAGCCUGCAACAGUUUAUGUUGUUCGCUUCCUGA